AAAGAUUAUACAUAUAUGAGGGGGGCAAGCAACCUUAAGACCAUAUAUAUAGUUAAAAACAAUGUUUUAAAAGUCGGAUUGAACAUCGAAUCGAAAAGACCAGCUAUUCACGGUGGUGGUCUUGGACUAGCAGCCACAAGGAACGAAACCUGCCCAUUGACGGGGGUGCAGAUACCUUUUGAGACCACCGAUGGUUUGGCCGUGAUGAUUUCAUCUCCGACAAGACUCGCUUACAUUGCCGAGGGUCUUCUUCUGAACAUGGCAUUCACCGCCGUACCUCCCUGCGCCACGACGCCGUCUAAGUGGACGAUCAUCGAGGAAGAUCCUGCAGGAAAGUCUGUGAAAAUUAGUGGUUAUGCCAAGACAGUGGAUGGUAAGUUCAAGAUGAUUAAAUAUCAGAGCCUCUUCUAUAAGCUUAAGUUCUGUCCUUCUUCUGAUGAUCCUUGUGGAAAUCUUGGGCUUUACUACGAUGAAACUGGAAAUAGACGUACAUCUCGUAAUUGUGACCGAUGAGACCCCUCUUGCAGUUGUGUUCAAGAAGGUCUUGUGAGGUAUACAUGGGCAAAGAUUUUAAUUAAGAUGUAUUUUAUGCUGUGAGGAUUAUUGGCUCAUAAUUCCCUACUCAAAGUGUGUAUAGUGUAAAAUAAUUAGAGUUGAAGCUGUGGCUUUCUUUUCUUGUAUUGCGGCUUUCAAUCAAUUACAUGAAUAAUUGCUGUUCCACGUA